AUGAUACUGGAUAGAACUACUUUAUCUCGGGCUCUGGGUGAGUUUGCCGCCACGGCGCUUCUGAUGAUAGUCGGCUGCAUGGGAGUGGCGAUGACCUUUCCGGAGGAGACUGGAUUUUUGGUUGGCAGCCUUCAAUACGGACUGACUGUGGGGAUAGUGGUGCAUGUUUUCGGCUGCGUUUCGGGUGCCCAUACCAAUCCCAGUGUUUCGAUUUCGUGCUGCAUUCUCGGCCACAUAGCCUUCGACAUGAUGCUGGUCUAUGUGGCCUGUCAGCUUGCCGGCGGCCUUGCCGGCUAUUACUUUCUGAUGGCGAUGCUGCCAAAGGAUGUCAUAGACCAGAGCUACCCGGCUGUCUGUCUGCAAGAACCGAUGGCCGACCUGUCUGACAUUCAAAUUUUAGCCGUUGAGUUCACCCUUACUUCGGUGCUUGUCCUGGGCUGGUGCGCUCAGUGGGAUGUGAGGAAUGGCAGCUGCCUCGACUCGGCCCCAAUUCGAAUGGGACUCUUAGUGACUGCUUGUGGUUUUGCUGGGAACCAACUGACGGGAGCGUCUAUGAACCCAGCCAAAACACUCGUCCCUUUGCUGUUUCACGACCAUCAAAGUACAUUUUAUCCGCAACUGGGUGGUCAGACACUGGCUGCUGUUCUGGUUCCAUUUAUUUGGCGCUAUGCCCUUACUUCUAACGCUAAGCCUAUGAAAACGACCUCAAGACGUCCGAAGCGUACCCGGCAAUAUUAGAA